UCCUGUCAGUAUUUUUUAUUUUUAUGGCGCUGUAUCCCCAUAAUGAAGCCUUACCAACAAGCUUCUAAAUUUUAAUGUGCACUGUUUUCCUUUGUACUUGUGACGUACACCGGGUCGAGGUGCUUCUCACAUCCGUAGUCGCAAGACUUGGUCUCCACGUUCGAGAGCAUCCUACGAACCAUGCGUUCGACUCUUUUCACGUAAUAUGGAAACUGUCUUCGUACAGGCAAAACCUGCUGUUGCAGUCGGUGCGCAUCACUCCUUGCCUGCAAUCAGUCUUCACCAGGCAACGUCGCAGCCCGAGAUAUUGACCCCUCUUCACUCUCUUGCGAUUCUGACUGUUCGUCUGAAUUUUUAAGCGCUUACCGACAACGACGACGAAAGGUUGCUCAAUCUUGAACAUUGCUAAACUAAGAGCGUAUCGUCUGCCCGCAGCACUUGUCGGCGACCGAGCUGCGGGAUUCAUCGUCUGUUACGGCGCCUGAGGGAUUUGAAUGAUUAUAGUGGAGGACAGGAACAGUGAAAAAAAUUUGUUUUAAUUUUUUUCAACGCACUUUGCAUACAGUUACAGGUGCUUACACGUUCAAAUUUUCCGCUGGUUCUGCCUUUUAACGUGUGCUGCUGUGCAGCGAUGCAGACGUGAACCACCACCAACCAUGGCGUGGCCUCCGUGAUCAGCUCCGGCAGCGCGCCGUUGCGCGUCGCCAGAGCUGAUCGCGGAGGCCACGAACAAUGAGACGCGUUUCUCACCAACCGCGUCGUCGGAACACCUUUUCUUACACCGUGCUUUGAAUGCUUGGAGCAGUUUGUCCGUGCUCUACCCAAACGCCGUGUUCACUUGUUGCUGGUGGUCGUCCCGUCUUGUUACACGCGGGGUGUGUCCCGUUCAAACCAUGGAAACGUGCGACGAUUAUCCAACAUCAUUGGUCAAGCUUCGAAACAGCCAGGAAGAGUUUGAAAAUCAGUUCUACGCGGCAGAAGAAUGCAAGCGAAAUGAAAUCGCCGCAAGAUAUAUAGCCGAAGUGUCAAGUUCCGACGAUCCUUUCAUCGUCGCCGACUUGGGAACGGAUUCGGAGUGGAUAAACACAUCACGACCUUUGGUGGCCUCCGACCUGCGUGGCCGGGUCGUCGUGCUGGACUUCUUCACAUUCUGCUGCAUAAACUGCCAGCACAUACUGCCCAUAGUGAAACAUCUCGAGGAAGAAUUCCCCGUCCACUCUGGUCUCCUGGUGGUUGGGGUGCACUCGGCAAAGUUUGACCAUGAGAAGGAGCUAGGCAAUGUCAGCAAAGCCCUAAUGCGCCUUGGCAUCAUUCACCCAGUAGUAAACGAUGCCCAAAGCUCUCUUUGGAAACGUUUGAAGAUCAACUGUUGGCCCACAUUAGUUGUCCUUGGACCAUCAGGACAGGCUCUGCUGUUUCUUGUGGGUGAAGGGGCGAUUCAGCUUUUGAUACCCUUCUGUCGGGUGGCAAUGGCCCACUUCCUUCCUUCGUCUCUGACCUCAUUGCCAUUGGCCCCGGGUGUUCUUCCCACAGGGAUGUUACGCUUUCCAGCCAAAACGUGUGCCACUGAGACAAGACUUAUCAUUGCAGAUACUGGUCAUCAUCGCAUCGUCAUCACGGAUCAUAGUGGCAAGGUGCUUCAGGUGGUGGGAGGCUCCGAGCCUGGUUAUCAAGAUGGUCCUCUAGAUUGCACGCUGUUCAAUGAACCAAAUGGUGUUCAGUGGCGAGAUCCUCACUUCAUUCUUGUUGCUGACACUGGGAACCAUGCCAUCCGUGAGGUCAACCUUGAGAAUAGCACAGUGAGCACUUUGGCUGGGACAGGGCAACAAGGGGAAGACACCGUGGGAGGCCACCUAGGACAACAGCAACCGCUCAACUCACCAUGGGACAUCUGUUUAGUGGACGACAUAGUGUUCAUUGCCAUGGCUGGCUUGCAUCAGAUCUGGGCCUUCUUCCUUCAAGAUGAAGUGCUAUUUGGAAAACGGACUUGCAGUGCAGGCACAUGUGUGUGUAUUGCUGGAAGCGGUGCUGAAGGGAACAGAAAUAACAGCUAUCCUCUCAGAGCAACAUUUGCCCAGCCAUCAGGGCUUUGUUUUCAGCCACCCUGCUCUCUGUACAUUGCAGACAGUGAGAGUUCAUCCAUAAGAGUGCUGUCGCUGAAGGACGGGACGGUUAAAAAUGUUGUUGGCGGAAGCCUUGAUCCUACGGACCUGUUCUGCUUUGGGGAUGCAGAUGGUGUAGCCUUAGAUGCAAAGCUUCAGCACCCCCUCGGUGUUGCCUGGAACACUGCUAAAGGAAAGCUUUAUGUGGCCGAUAGCUACAACCACAAGAUACGAGAAGUGGACGUGGAAAAGCGAUUGUGCAAAACAUUUGUUGGAGGUGCAAGUGGUAAAACUCUAUCUGAAUCGCAUUCACAAUCAGCAAAGUUUAAUGAACCUGGAGGUUUGUGCACGUUUGGAGGCAAAAUGUACAUUGCAGAUACAAAUAAUCAUUGCAUCAAGGUUGUUGACCUAGACUCUGGUUCCAUUGAAGUGCUUGCCAUUGCUGCUCCUCACGUCACUGACUGUGAUGGUUUGAGUGAAGAAAGUGUGAGUGACGGAAAGCGCGUGUUCAGUGUAACACUAUCACCCGGAGGCCACAUGUGUCUUAGGUUUGAGCCUCCAGUUGGCCUAGCUACUGGAGCUCCAAACCGAUGGAAAGUUCAUUCCAGUCAACAUGUGUGGACGCAAACUCCUCUGCCUGCAGGAACACUGCAACCUGCAAUGCAAGCCACUGCUGAAUUGACACUGCGUGAACGCUGUAUUGAGCGGAACCUGAAUGUUCAAGUAACUUUCGAAGUUUACAUUUGCAAGGGUGAUGUUUGUGAACCUCAUUCAUGGAAUUUUUGUGUUGCGGUGUCCAUAGAUGACAAAGGUCCAGCAAAACAAGAAAUUUGCUUUUCAAAAGACUUGUACGUGUAAAAACACCAGGUGCAAAAGCAGGAUACCACGGAAGCUAUGCAAAAACUACAUCUCUUUGUAUGGUGUGCCUAUAGCCUGCAUUGGACAGGUGCAAUACAUUGGUUGUGCAAACACGUUUUUAUUUAUGUACAUGGCCAGUUUUAAAAUGCUUUAUCACAGCACCUGUGCUGUCAUUCAGAACCUAUGAAGGACACAGCCAAAAGCAACAAUUAAAAAAAUAUUAUUACACUACAUUAAUGAAGCAGAAUUUUGUCUCUAUCUUUCAUACAUUCAUUCAUUUUCCCACAUAGCCUCCAUUCGUCUGCAUAAUUUUGUUUCCUACCAAAUGGGAACUUUGAAGGUACCCCUCCAAUAGAACUCCAUUCCAGCAUUGUAGAGAGUGUUACACUGCUUCACGGAUUGCCGAUAUAUCACGGAGUCCCACAUUCUUGGCCUCGCAUUUGAAGCAAGUGUAGAAGCAUUUCUCUUCCAUUUAUGUGAUUCUCUCUAUUAAGGGACAAAUGUGAGGGCAGGCAUUACAUACUGCAAAGCGACUUUUCCUGUAGGUCAUUUAUCGUGUUCUGAGUGACUGUGCACCAUUUGCGCGUACCAAGAAGCAUUUAUUUACCUGUAACCUGGGCUUUCAAUCCUCUCCCAAACUGAAUUUUGCCCCAUUUCAAACAUUCUUGCUAUUUUGGCUAUUGCUACUUGCCCGUUUUCUCUGACGAGUGCAUCAGCGGUUUCCUUACUGCCUUCACUCAUGGCUGUCUGAGGGUGACCAUUCCAACUUUAAUCGCGAUUACUGGUCUGGCCACAUUUAUUAUGCCAGACCCACCUUCACACACUGCUCAAGCUCUCUAACAUGUCACCAUAUGCAAGCUGAAACCUCUUAUAAAUUUCUAUGGCUGUAAUUUGCUCUUUCACCAGAUAAUGUAUUACUCACAUUGACAGAACAAGAAAUUGUGUGCCGCCAUUUUGUUUAGUAUACUGGUGACUGGAUUAUGCUGUCUGUUGAUGCCAAAUGUCCACAUGAUUACAACAAAGAUGGUGCCACAUAUUACCAAACACUCAUUCUUGUUGACUUAUGAACAAAAAGUUGGAUCAUUAAAUUUUGUAUGGCGCUCACAGAGUGCUGGGAACAAAAACAUGAAGCGAACACAUUUAAGUGUUUGUAUGUGUCCUCUUUCAUGUUUCAUCGCUCCAGUGGCCUAGUUUUUUGGUGACGAAAUACCAACUAGCUCAACUAUCCAUCCUGCCUGUAUUGUCCACACUUUCGCUCCUGGCACUGCUAAUUUCGAGGGUACUUGACGUCUUUCAUAAUGAGUUCCAAUAAGCCAUAAACAUGUUAGCUUUGGCUCUUUUAAUGAAGCAGUGUGCUUAUCAUACUGUAAGUGUGUGCUGUAAGCAAUAGGCUUUGUUGAAGUCACAGACAUCUGUGCAAAGACAUCUGUGAGCUGUUUAUUGUAUAAAGCAACUUUACAGCCAGCAGACAACGACCACAUGUGACGUCACUGUACUAACCUGUUAAAACUAGCCUGCCGAGGAUGACAAGGCUGCCUUUGAUGAAGAUAGGUCCUCCUAUUAAAACUUUGACCAGCCUUUCUGAGGCACUUUAUCCAUGUUUUAAACUUUUAUACCACAGUAUGAUAUUCCAUCUCACAGCCCACCUCUUGAUUUUGAAUAGGAGUUAAUACUUUUUGAACUUCGAUGCAGAGAAAAGAGAGGAAGGAAAGGCAGGGUAUUAAUUUGACUUUGCGCAGUUGGUUAUCCCACUUGCAGUGCAAAGUUAUUCAUGGGAACUCUUGUCCAAUGACUGUAAAAUAAAAGAAAUUGAGCGAAAGAAAAUCACCAACAUGCAUGCUGAAUACUUGGUUUCUAGGUGUGCUUGUCCUUUGUUGUUGCUAAUCACAUCAUAUUUGGUCGUCCCCGCUAGUUGGCUGCCCCGUGCAGGCCGUUCACAUUUGCACUUCCGCUUAACCAGUAAAACGCCCAUCCACUUGUGCUUGCGUUUACCCAAAUACCUGAACAAGCUAAAACCCUAUCGUGGUAGUAAUCCUCCAGCGGGAAGUGACGGCAGGAACCGCGUAGAUGCUGGUGCUGGUUGGAUACCGACAGCCUGAUGUGCUGCAGCCACUCAAUUUGCAUGUUGCCUUGUAGAGCAACAUGAUGUCUCAGCUUGACACGUAGCUAACUGUUAAGUUUACAGCCCACAAUGUAACAAGGGCGAUCCAUGGUGGUCGCAAAAAAGAAAGCUCGAGACCAACAUUCACCGCGCAGCUCGCGUCAACCUGGAAAAUUUUGUAACACAAGCAGAUGACGCUUGCUGUGUGCCAGAAGUGCGCAUAUGUAGUGAUAAACUGUCGUGUAUUCUCCUUCUGUUCAUUUUUUAUAGAAACAAAUUAACCAACAUUCCCACUAUUAUGAUCAACAUUUGUCCACCAUAAAGCUAAAUUAUCGAGCACCCAACCUGGGUAGCCAAUCGGAUAGUCAAUUGGGCUAACUAGGUCAAUGGUGUGGGGGCAGCUGAAAACUCUGGCAAACAGCGCCGCUGCGAUCGGUAGCAAUGCACAGUUUUAAAACCUUAAAAUAAAUUACAAUAGAACCUCGUUGAUAUGUUCCUGUUACGUACAUUUUGUCGGAUGCCAACGUUCGCAAUCGAGAAUAGAAAGAAUUACCCAAUAGAGUUACGCUCAUUUUUUACUGGCUCAUUCGCCACCAACGUUCAGUAUGUUGCCAAACUGUGAUCGUAUGAUACGUUUUCCAGCCGCUAGAGCCCAUGUAAACAAGGAAAUGCACGAGGCGUGUGCGAUCAAUAACAGUAUUUAGCUUCACCGCAAUACUUGGCCGCCCGUCUCACGUGAAAACGCCGGCAAGCACUCAGUUUCUCGUUUGGGUACCAGCAAAUCUCUUCCGGGGUCGUUGCACGCUGCAUUCACAGCUAUCGCAGCCAAAUCUAUUGCGAUAAGCAUCUUCACUUAUCUCUAUUACAGUGUGAGGUGCGUAGUGCCAUAGGUAGCGUACUGCACGAUUUUAGUAGGCGAUAAUACAAAUGCUCUGCCGUUCCCUGCUGCCGGCGGCGUGAUGUGGGCAUUGUGUUUCUCUUCGGUGGUACCCUGCGUCGCCACCCUGCUCGAUUUCGUUACAGUUUCCCGUCGCCCUCUUAAAACACCAUGCAAUAGGAAAACAAGAAAAUGCGUAUCGGGCCACCGGAACACCACCAGCUCCACGCGCAUUGGCAUCCCGUGCCGCAAUGAUCUACGCAAAGCUUCGCAUUACGUAGAUGUCAACAAUAGUUAAGUCUAGAAUUUUUUGUUGUUAUUCAGAUCGUACAUUUUUCCGGUUAGUACGUUUUUCUCGCAUUUUUUUUUUCCAAGACGUAUGAACCAGGUUCUACUGUAUACUCUUUACAUGGAGUACUUAAAUGCAUCACUCAAUGAUCAGAAGGAUCUACCCUAAUUACUCAGUUGAGAUAAAAUGAACCAAGAAGAAAAUGAAGUGGAGUCAAAUUAGUGGAAGUCCACUGUAUUCGUUUCAAGUAGAUGCACCUUGCAAACCCACAGGUUACACUUCAUAAAAUGCAACAUGUGCCGUAACGUAAUUAGCGGAUUAUUCGUUUUGAUUUCUCAUGCAAGUAAUGUUCACCACUUCGAGUAAUAUAGCUCAAGGACUAGCAUAGUGCUGUCUGCUGCAGUUGAUAUCUAAAAAUUCUGGCAGAACCCAUCUCAUUAUGAACGUUAACGUUAAUGCAAUUAGCAUUGAAGCAAUGCAGCAGCACCUGUAUUUGUCAAGUUCUUCACUUCUGUGUGGCCAACUUCAAUUUUACGUUACUGGCAUCAUAUUCACUUCUCCGUACCUCGACGCUCCUUCCUGAAUGCAAUGUCUCAUCCAAUUCUGCUCAGUUGACUUCUUUCUCUACACUCGGCUCAUUUGAUGCCAACCAUUUCACUUCUCUGUAGCCUGCUUCUUCAAUUUUCUGUUGCAGACUUCUUCACUUCGUGCCUCAUGUUCUGCUUGUCUAUAGAGCCUCCUACCCAGUGGCACAAAGCCAUCCUAGAGGAUUGUCCAAGGACAUUCAAAUAACUAGUGUCACUUACCCAGUCACACAUGGCCCGUGUUGCCUAUUUCGGCACAUACCCAAUGUUCUAAGUGGGCUUGAAAGAGGUUAGAUACAGAGAGACAUACGAAAAAAUGUGUGAUUUUGCCAAAGAAUGCUAAUCUCACUAAAAAACACCCUGUACAUUGUAUUUGCUGCAAAAGCUGUGGUAAUGACUAUGUGUGAGAAUUACAACUUCGGUCACUGACCUGUCCAACUGCUCUGUAUUUUCUGUUCCAUCACUGCUUGUUCCAUCAUUUGCUCUGAACACUUAGUUGCAGUGGUGUGCAACUACUGUUCGUAAACAAGCCCUGCUUUCUCACUGCUCAAAAUCUUCCGCUUAAUCACCUUGUUAAGAAAAGCACUUGUUUCAUGAUACAUUGCCAAUUGUAAAGUAGUAACUUGUUUAUUUUUUUGGAAUGAACACAUAGCAAGAGCACCCUUACCUAUGGUGGUGGUGAUGUAGCAACAGGUGGGUUUAGCCUGGCGAUCAAGGCCGGCAACUGCUCUGUGCAAGCGUCUCUUAUAACAUCACUGUGGUGUUUCACCACAUUUCCAUCAGACCAGUCCCUCUUAUCCGAUAAGCAGACAUGAAGUUUCUUUGCGGUCUAUAACUGGUACUUCGGGGAACACAAGGCAUUGCAGGCACAUAUGUGGAAGGUCCCUUUGUUGAAGAUUUUUCAGGACGGCGUCCCUUUCGUCUCGGAAUUUAUGGUAUGACUACAGAAAAUGUACAAUGUCCCCUGUCUGGUUGCAUGUCGUACAGUUCGGAGAACUGGUGCACCCCGUCUUAAAUAACCAUGCAGGUGUACUGGCAGAUCCUGUCCUUAUAUGAUAUAGAGUCAGGCUUCCUCUUGACGAAAUCUAUUGGUUAUGUGUGGCUGAUGUGGUGGAAACCAAAGUGACCUAAAGUGAUUUCAAAAGUCAGAUUUCUUAGCUUGAUUGCUCUUUGGGCCCUUGACUUUGGGAGGACGACGGAGUACGGUGCAUACAAGAGCAUCAGCUUUUUCUUUGCCAGCAAUGCCAAUGUGGGAGGGAAUCCACUGAAUCUUUACCAUGAAGCCUUUGUUGUCGAUUUCUUUCAUGAGGGCUAGUGAUUUGUGUGGGAACUUGGACGGUAGGCCACGGUACAUUUGUUGCCAUGCGGCCCUUGAGUUUAUAAUGAGGACCACAUUUUGUGGAGGCAACAUCUUUAGUUUGCGCAGAGCAGCAGCUAUUGCCAUGCCUUCAAGGACUGUCGACGAAGCUGUACAGUCCAGACGGCCAGACCACGCACAUCUCAGAGAGCGAAUAUAGGAUGCAGCUGCGCAGCAAUCUUUGUCUAAUUUGACAGAACCACCUGUGUACACUUGGAGGUGAUUCGAGUAAGUCUGUAAUGUUCUCUACAGUAAUGGCCUACGCGACAGUGUCAGACCACCUAUUUCAUGACGAAGACUGGUACAUAGCUAAGAUGUUAUGAAAUAAAAAUUGUAAGGGUAUCCAAUUGCUGAACAUUCUGAUAUGAAUAUGAAUAUUCAAGAAAAAUUAUGUCCGCAUAUUGUAUCAAAUACUGAAUAUUUUCCCACCUCAACAAAGUGAAGUAUAAUGUUUCCAUAGAGUCCGUCUGGUUAAAAAUGGUUAUUUACGUUACUCGAUAUGUGCAUGUGAUGCCAAACUGGAAAUCCAGUCAAAUGAGAAGCUUUUAAGCAAUAAACUUCUUUCAGCUAUGUUGUGCACAUUGGGAAUGACCAUAAGAAAACAAGAGAAACAACAUGUCACUGGAUGCACACAUAUUGUUGUGCUCAUUGAAGGAGCCAAUUAUAAUACCACAGCACUGAACGCUGGUUUGAACGAAUGUGACCAGGAUGACACUGGCCAAACAAAGACAAAUUUGCCUAAAUCAAGACAACAACCAUAUAGGUCACCUAAAGGCGAGGCAUUCAUAUUGUUUGACCGCACGUGUCUGUAAGUUGGCUGCAUUCACUGAGGAACUGCUGCCUAUCUAUGGCACUUGUGGCUGUCCUGCAGAAGCGUCUUUAGGAAAAGCCUCCACUUUCAUCAGUGAUCCUCCCACAGAGCUCUAAUAAAUGUUGCUAUUCCUAAUAUUCGAACAGGAACAAAUAUUCUACAAUUUAGACUAAUGAAUUCUCAAAUCGAAUAAACAGUAUUCGAAAUACUGAAUUUUGCACACACCUAAAGAUAUUUUUAAACAUUUAAUGGAGGGUGCAUUUUUUUUUAAAUUGGUUCAUAGGUUUCAAAUGUUAUGUUGCCAUCAAUUUGAAGUGCGCUACAGGAGAAAUAACACUGCAUACAUUAAACCAUACAUGUAUACAGGAGACGCAUGAAAAGCACCUCCAGUGUUUCUUCAUGUGACCGACUUUCUCAUGGUCUGGAGUACCACUGCAAUUGACCUCUUGUUUUGGAGCAUGGUGUCAUGGCCCUGGACUCACUACGCACAUGAGUGGAGCCAUGUAUGCACUAAUUUAGUUGGUGAAGAGUAAACAUACCACACUGUGGAUAAGAAUGCAUAGGUUAACAAGUAGAUUCCUAUUUAAGGUCAGACUUUACAAUAUAAAAAGAAACUAGCUUUUGGCAUGAGAACGCACAUAAAAGCACACAACUUUUUCGGCAGUCAUACACUUAUUUUAUGGUAUUACACCUCUAUGCAUUCGAACUAUUGUCUAAUCUAGAGAAUAAGCCAAUGUGUCUUCACUGAUAACAAAUUACGUGCAACCAAGCCUUACAAAUGUUAACAUACAGUUCUUUCAAUAGCAAUGUCAAUUUGUGGUUACAGGUUUAUAAUUUAGAAUGACAGAAAGCUGAGCGAGUUAUGAAAAAAGCAAGCAUAGAAAACAAGAACAGAUGUGGAACUAUACAGCACUUCUGUUGCUUGUUUCUCUCCUAUCUUUUGCCCACCUUCUGAGACCAUCAAGCAGGUUAAUAAUAUAUUAUAUGUGGUGAAUUUUGCAACUACAAGAUUGCAGGUUUCUUCUUCUUUUUUUUUUUUGACGAGGCAAAUAAUUACCCUCCAGAACACUUUAUUCUGAAGUCCUCCCUUGAAAAAAAGUGAGCACGAGAUUCGAGCACGAAGUUGACUUUUGCAUAGGUUAUAAUGUAGUAUACAAGCUUCAUUUUGUAUCAUUCUAAUUUUGAAACACAACUGUUGUAAAAUUUAUCAAUCAUUCCUUCGGAACCAUAUUACCAACCAUCUUAGAUGCUGCUAAAAAACGAAAUACUAAAAACUGUAUACUUUCACCUGCAUCUAAUUCACAACAGCUUUCCCAAAUCGCAUUGCGAAUUUUAUGCAGCUUAUAAAGAUUCUGUAGAAUUGUUGCUUGUUUAUCACUUGCAGUUUAUCAUUUUUGUCUGCAACCCGUUGCGGUAGCUUACUAGUUAUGCCAACUCCCUGCUAAGCUUGAGGUCGCGGGUCCGAUCGUGCACGGUGAUGGCCUCAUUUCGAUGUGGCAAAAUAAAAUAGGAUUUUAAAAAAGGAAGCACCGAUCGGUACUUAAGUUUAGGUGCACAAAGAGCCCAGGGUGGUCAAAAUUAAUCCGGAUUCGUCCACUACACGGUGAGCCUCGUAAUCAAAUUGUGGUUCUGACACGUAAAACCCGACCAUUUAUUAAAGUUUAUUUGCAAUCGUUUUACUCUCAUGCAAUGUAUUUAUGCUUGCUCAGUUAUUGUAUCCUGUUCUGUUAAAGUGCUGUUCUUUCGUUUUGCUCUGCCACUGUUGCCGCUUUGUUUACCAUUGACAGGAGGUCCCAUAUAAGCCCCUCCAUAACGUUGUCCCCAUAUGGCGACGGUGGCGCAUAGAUGGAGUGGCCAGCUCUGGAAUACGAGACUUUCCUCUGCAAGGCAGCAUACUGUCGCUCAUAAGAUUUAUUAAAUGUUAUCCUUCAGAUGAUAAUAAAAAUGUGCCUUUCGUAUUAGUAAA